AUGUCAUCUAGGCUGCUCAAGCACCGCAACCAUAUAGCUAUCUCUGGCAAUGAACCCUUUACACUGCCAGGCUCUUACCUGUCUCUCUCCUGCUACGAAUUCUCUCUCGCGCAUCAGAACUUAAGCAGUUUCACAACUACCAGGGCACCCCUACCAGAUAUAUCAAAGAUUGCAGCUAGCAAGUCGCAAAAGGAGGCUAUCAAUACCAGAUUACUAUGUGCCCGCACGUUAAAAUGGGAGUCCGCUGACUGGAUCUUUGCGAGAAAGGGCGACGAGAUCGAUAGACAUCUCUUCACUCGGGCUACAUGCGAUCUCACUACAACAUUUGUGGAUGUCAAAGUAACCUGCACCGGGGGCUCUUCCUCCAAUUCAGCUAGCAGCAUUUGUACCCUGUCCUCUGUCCGCCGCUCGCCCACCCCUCCGGUAGAUAGUUACUGGACUGUUCUUGACUUAGGCCGUCAAAGCGGUUUCAGCCAAGACGAUACCUCGGCAGUUCGGACUGUCAUCAACGAGCUAUUCCCUACUACUAAAAUGAAUGGUGGUCAGGAACCCAUCAUAUCCUAUCUAAUUAACCCACUUACUGCCGUAGGCGGUUAUCAGGCAAUGACAGUCCAUUUAAUUGGUCGCUCUGUUUUUGAAACAUGUCUAGACCAGAUACUCAAUUUGGUUCUUUAUCUUGGUAUUGAAUCCACGGCAUUUACUGGUUCGUUCAAUGGCUUGGAGUCGAGUUAUCUGCCUAUCACUACGCAGCAAUAUGUUGUCAAGUGUAACCGGGCUUGGCUCGGCGUACUUAUUGCUGCAUCAUUAGGAAUCUUCCUUUUCGCAGCAAUAGGUGUAAUUCUGCGUAUCAUGACGUUCGCCCCAGACGUGCUGGGGUCGGUAUCUGCUGUCUUUCUAAACAACAGAAUAACAGGAGUUACUGGGUCCUCGACAUGGUCUUCCGAUGACUGGGCUAUAUGUCGAAAGGAUGAGAAGCUAUAUUUAGGAGAUGUCGCAUUGCGCUAG